GCCACUUUUCGUUCAAAGACGAAUCCUGAAAGGCGUUUUAUUCCAGUUUCACAAAGUUCAGCAAUCAGUGGUAAAAUAUGAAGCUCCGUUCUCAAUGCAUCAACCCGGAAAACGAGGCUACACAAACUGUGCACGUACCAGUUUCGUCUGUUAAGGACGCCUCGACCCAAACGGAACCGGACAGCAAUCCAUCGUCAGCUUCCCAAUCCCCGAGACGCCCCAACGUAAUCGCUAGGGCUAGCCCUUACACGGUUCCCCCGCGGAAGGAGCCCGCAAUUUCCACGCAACCGCGCGCGGCUCCCACAGCCUGCUGCAAUUGCCAAGUUCGGCAACUUGCAUACCAGCCGCUUCCGGUCUACAUUAUGGCCGCACCAGCAGUGCUGAUGCCGACGAUCGGAUAUUAUCUGCAAGGCUUUCCGGCACCGUUUGCUCCGGGACAGCUGGUGCUUCUGCCGGUCUCGCAGCCUGCUCUCGGCAGAAACAACUAAACUUGCG